GACAUCGUCACCUCCUUCCCACUCCAUACCGCAGCCUCGACGAGACUUGCCGCCGACAAGCGCGGGACACACCAGCAAAGUUUGAUCGCGACAAUCACCCACCUCUCGAUGCGACUAGCCAACACCUCAAUCGCACCUGGGCUUAGAUUUUCUUUGCUUGCCUCGAUCGUAUCCCUGAGAACGGCCGUUUCGCCACAAGCGUCUGGCAUUGGCGGCCCCAAGCCCCCGAGCCAUUGCCUCGCGACAAUAUCCCGUGGGGACUAGACUUUGUUGCCGCCCUGGUACGCAGACAGAUCAUGAGCCGCGAUGCCCAGGUGUCUGGCACAACGGGUGGCUCCGUGCCCAUCUCUGGCCUCAUAGUUCGCUCGCAGGAAUUUCACCACCAUGACGCGCCGCGAAUGCGUUACCGUAGCCGCCCAGUUUCCGUUGCCGUCGACCCCAUCUCUCUCGUCAUCUCAGAAUGCAUCUCGAUUACAUCGGCCAUUCAGAAACAUGCCCGAUCGCCACACUCUUCCGUCUCGGCCAUCCUCGGCGGCAAUCCUAAUUCUAUACACUUGGGGCCGCCGAGCCCUGCCCUCAAAGGCCGCAGUAGGAGUCCUCUCGCCGCUUCCACGCUUUCCGCCGAAAACAGCACGGACGCCAUCGCCAACAGUCGUUGGGGCCUACGUGGUCAAAAGGGCAAGAGCAUGCAGGACAAUCCCAUGAUUGCUGGAUUUGGAAAUUUGAGACACGAGAUUGCAGCUGUCAAGGACAUCCGGACAUUCGACGGACCGACGCUGCUAGCACCUUUCCUCCUUGUCCUUCAGGCCAAGGGUACAGCGGCGCCCGUGACGAUCCUCGCUCUCGGCGCUCUGAGGAAAUUCCUUGCCUAUGGUUUCGUCUGCUCCGAAUCUCCUCGAUUCGCUCUUGCGAUGCAGUCGCUGUCCGCCGCUGUGACGCACUGUCAGUUCGACGUGAGCGAUUCUGCGCAAGGCGAGGUAGUGCUCCUCAUGAUCCUCAAUCUCAUGGAGGAUAUGAUGUCAGGGCCCGGCGGCGAAUUUUUGAGCGACGAGAGUGUAUGCGACAUGAUGGGUCGUGGCUUGGCCAUUUGUUCCCAACCGCGGUUCUCUCCCGUCCUUCGGAGGACUGCGGAGGCGUCAAUGGUGAGGAUGUGUCAGAUCAUCUUCGAAGAUGUCAAACAUUUGGAGGCGGAGGCGGGGACAGGAAGUGACGAUCUGGACCAUCGAACACAGGACGGCCUUGAACGCAUAAGGAUGGAUGAACCCACUACAGCGAACCCUGUAGAGGACCUCUCCGGCGACGAGAAGGAAGCCUUGCGCGGCAGCCGUGAGGCCUCUCCAGGCGCUGAUAAUCCCAACAGCUCCUCCGACCAACCCUCCACAGAUGCGUCGACGGAAGACGGCAGCGACGGAUUGGAUUCCGUGGACCUCAAGCCCUACUCUCUGCCAUCCGUUCGAGAGCUUUUCCGCGUUCUUGUCAACUUCCUUGACCCUAAUGACCGCCAACACACAGACACAAUGAGGGUCAUGGCUAUGCGCAUCCUCCACGUGGCCCUCGAAGUUUCCGGGCCGUUCAUAGCCCGCCACCCCGCUCUUGCGACAAUUGCUGAAGAUCGAUUAUGCUGCUUCCUCUUCCAGCUCGUCAGGUCUGAUAACAUGGCUGUACUGCAGGAAUCCCUGAUCGUUGCUGGCACGCUCUUGGCAACAUGCAGAGGGGUCCUCAAGCUGCAGCAAGAACUCUUCCUAUCCUAUUUGGUCGCAUGCCUCCAUCCGACUGUGCCCAUACCCCGGGAGCCGGGAAUUGAUCCUUCGUUGUACUCUGGCAUACCAGAGACGCCAAAAUUGGUCAAACCUCCCGCUUCACAGCAAGGAAGCGGUCGGUCCACGCCAGUUCCCGUCAAGGACAGGCAGAAGCUGGGCUUGGAAGGCGGGGCUCGCAAGCCUGACGCUCGCCAAGCUAUGGUAGAGAGUGUUGGAGUCUUGUCGCGAAUGCCAACAUUCGUGACUGAGCUUUUUGUCAAUUAUGACUGCGACGAAGAUCGGGCCGAUAUGUGCGAAGACCUGAUCGGACUCCUUUCACGCAAUGCCUUGCCAGACUCGGCAACCUGGAGCACCACGAGCGUUCCACCUCUUUGCCUCGACGCACUCUUGCGAUACAUUCAAUUCCUAGCCGAGCGCCUAGAGGAGGCACCCACGUAUGACGGCUAUCCAAAGCCCGCUGUGCUGAGGGAACAGCGGCGACGAAAGAGAAUUAUUGUCAGAGGCACGAGCAAGUUUAACGAGAAACCCAAGAUUGGCUUGGGCUACUUGGAAGCACAAGGCAUCCUUGUGGAUGCGAAGGACCCGGUUGAGGUGGCCAGGUUGUUGAAGGGUACAUCGCGGGUUUCGAAGUCCGUUCUCGGUGAUUUUCUUUCCAAGAAGGGAAAUGAAGCCGUCUUGAACGCAUUUAUGGACGAAUUCGAUUUCUCGAACAAACGCGUCGACGAGGCCCUGAGGAUAUUACUGGAGACGUUCAGGCUGCCAGGAGAGGCUCCGCUCAUCGCGUCAAUAGUAGAGUCCUUCUCCGAGAAGUACUGUUCCGGAAAUACCCCAGAGGUGGUGGCCAACAAGGACGCUGUCUUCAUUCUCACCUACGCCAUCAUCAUUCUGAACACCGAUCAGCAUAAUCCGAACCUCAAGUCCUCCAAACGAAUGACCUUUGACGACUUCUCAAGAAACCUUCGUGGACAGAACGACGGCCAAGACUUUCCGGUCGAAUUCUUACGAAACAUUUUUGACUCAAUCAAAUCAAACGAGAUCAUCCUCCCCGACGAGCACGACAACAAGCACGCCUUCGACUACGCCUGGAGAGAAUUGCUGCUGAAGUCUGAGUCCGCUGGGGACCUCAUUGUGUGCAACACCAACAUUUACGAUGGCGACAUGUUCGCCGCGACCUGGCGACCCAUCGUCUCAACAUUGUCUUACGUAUUCAUGUCCGCAUCCGAUGAUGCCGUUUUUGCCAGAAUCGUUACUGGAUUCGAUGAAUGCGCCCGGAUCGCGGCAAAGUACGAGAACUCGGAGGCUCUCGACCAGAUUGUCUACUCUUUAAGCCACAUGAGCACAUUAGCUGUCGACCUACCAUCGAGCACGUCACUCAAUACCGAAGUCCAGGUCGGUGAUAACAGUGUGAUGGUUAGCGAACUGGCGGUGAAGCUAGGGAGGGAUUUCCGAGCACAACUGGCAACUUUGGUUUUGUUCCGAGUGAUCACUGGCAACGAGCCAUUGAUCCGCCGAAGUUGGAAAUACGUCAUACAAUUGUGGCGCAACUUGUUCGUGAAUGCGCUUGUUCCGCCGUUUCCUGUACCCGAUGGCUCACCAAUACUGAUCUCACCAAUCCCCCUGCAAACGCCAUCUCAAGUCAUAGACAGAGCUUCUCGCUCGGUCGAUACCGGGUUUUUUAGCGCGUUCACGUCUUACAUCUCCAGCUACGCGGCGGAUGACCCCCCUGAGCCAUCCGAGGAGGAGUUAGAGAGCACGCUCUGCAGUAUUGACUGUGUGAGGUCCUGCAACAUGGACGUAGUUUUCAGCAACAUCAUGAAUAUGCCCGCUACUCUGACCGCAGAGCUGGUGCAGUCGAUGUUGGACCAGAUUCCUGAUGAUGACCAAGCAGGUGUCAUCAGUGUCAAGCAGGAUACAUCAACGUCCCCAACUAAUGGACAAAAUUCUGUAUCGUCUUUACCCAGAUAUGAUCCGGGCACACCGUACAUCCUCGAGUUUUCUACCAUCCUCGCCACCCGCGACGCUGCGGCGGUCGAGCGCAUGGGUAAGCUGGUAUUUGAUACAGCCCAAAGAGUACUUCGCGAACCAGGACAGUGGCAUCCAAUAACGCUAUCUCGCGCGGCAUUUUAUGCUCUUUACAUUCUGAAGAAAGGAUAUGAUCACGACUUCGCAAAUGUGCCCUUUUUAUUGCAUAGCAUUUCAAGUUUGCCGCAAGACGUCGUCCUCAAGACCUCGGACACCAUCCUCAAGGGCUUGGCCACGUGUACUGGCGAGCCUGGCCCUUUGAGAAGUGAGAUGAUGACCUCGCCUGACUUCUGGGCAAUCCUGAGGAUCCUAGCAGCACAUGAAGCAUCAGCUGCACUGGUCUUCGACAUCCUUGAAAAGAGCGGUGUGGGCAGUCCUCCGGCGAUUAUGGCGGACAAUUACCAGGCAGCCGUAACUCUGCUGGACUAUUUUGCCUCCUCUGCAUCUACGCAGCCAGUCUCCGCCAAGGCAGCGGAUCCAGCCCAUCAUCGCCAGGGGGGGGGACAGGCGAAGCACACCACAGAGCAGAACCAAACUAUCGCCCGGGCAUGCAGAGCGGUCAACAUGCUGCACAGCAUGACUGCCCGCGUGCCUCAGCUUAUGCAGCAGUCACAUCUCGAGACCAGUGAAGCUUGGUCCGCAUAUUGGCUCCCUAUUUUCGAGGCUCUCAUGACGCAGUGUACCAACCCGUGCCGUGAGGUGCGACAGCUGGCAUUUUCAGCAAUGCAGCGCUCGCUCUUAUCGCCUGAGCUUACAUAUACGGAUGCAAAGGAGUGGACGGCGAUAUUCAGCAAAGUACUAUUCCCGCUGAUCCUUCGACUCUUGAAACCGGAGGUGUUCACUGUGGACCGAGAUGGGAUGAGCGAGAUGAGAGUACAGUCUGCCUCGCUCUUGUGCAAAGUAUUCCUCCAAUACCUGGUUCUAUUAUCUGAAUGGGACGGCAUGCAGGGCCUUUGGGUCAAGGUUAUCGAUGUCUUGGAUCGCCUCCUGAACAGUGGCCAGGGUGACAGCUUGGAGGAGGCGGUGCGGGAAAACCUCAAGAAUGUGGUUCUUUUCAUGUCGAGCAGUGGCCUUCUUGUGUCCCCGGCGGAAAACCCAGCCAGACAGGAGCUGUGGGACGAGACGUGGAAGCGCGUGGACAGAUUUCUCCCAGACUUGCGAAACGACCUCGCAGCCGAGGGUGCCGAUGAGAGGGAAGCAGUUUCGAGGGAGACAGAGGAGGGGACGGACGUGGGUCACAAGACCACCUUGAGAGGAGCUGAUCCAGCUCGGGAGGGCGAGGGGGAUGAGCAUGAGCUCGAAGGAGACGACCAAGUAAGCCAGGGCUGAUUUCUUAGAGACGACAACUUGGCCCCACGGACACCCGCUUGUACGCAGAAUCUGGACGCUGUCACUCGAUCGCGGCAACGGGGCUGGUGGAGGACGCCCACUAGGGAGGAGCGUGAAGCCCGAGACAAGGCGGCGCAUUGCCGUGGUUGAAGAGUUCAAGAAAUGUAAUACCAGACUCAUUUCUGUAACCAGCUAUCGCAAGCCUCACACAGGCAAAGCGUUUAAACUACCACGAGGUGACAAUGCGUCCGUAACAGAGCUAAACGAACUAUACUAAUUUCGGUCGGAACGGC